GAUGGACCCCGGAAGUAGGAAAAAAACACUGUGGGAAAGAGAAACGUAGAGGGAGGCAAGAGGGAAUGGCUGAACCUGCUACAGUAAACAAGCCGCCAUUGGCCGAACAUCUUCUUAAAAAGCUUCCAAACCAUGAUGGCCCAAGUGAUCUACCAACCCGGGAGCUGCUGCAAACUUGUAAACUGGAACCUGUCUGUGUCGAGGAAGAGGAGAGCCCAACCGCAGUGUUGCCAGUCUGCCCCAGCACACGUAGUAAGGGCAAAGACUCCUCCAGCAGUAGCACAAUCUACAGCUUGGGCGCAAACCAGUGUUUUCACUGCCUGAUCACAUUCCCGGAUGAGAAGUUCAAGGCACGGCACAUGAAGCGGGAACACCCAGAGGACUUUGUUCAGGCCAACCUGCGCGACACCCUCUUCAUCUGCUUUAUUUGCAACAAGGCCUUCGAGAGCUCGCGUGCCCUCAUCUGCCACCAGCGGGGCCACGCCCCCGCCCGCCCCUCCGACUGCACGGACUGCUUGCAGCCUACCUUUGACUGCCCCGACUGUGGCCGCUGCUUCAGCCAGUUGGCCAACUACCAGCGUCACCGCCUGGGCCACGCCGCUGGCCACAGCCUGCCGCAUCAGUGCCCGGACUGCGGCAAGAGCUUCCGCCAGCUUUCAAACCUGCGUCGGCACCAGGCUUUCCACCAGCAGACGCAGGAGUUGCUUCCCUCCCGUCCCUACUCCUGCAUGGAAUGCGGAGAGAGCUUCAGUCACGAGGCAGGGCUGCACGAACACUACAUCCGCCACGCCCGGGGGGAGCUCUAGCAAAAGCUGUGGCUACGUGCCUCAGCUUCGGGGGUCCGGGUGGAGGCAGGAAGACAAUGCGCAUUGUCGUGUGAGGAGCAAAAACCAGAGGGAGACGGGGAACGGCACAGAAAGGGGCCUUUCCCGACGAGAAGGGGAAGGCGCCCCAAGUUCCAGGAAGUGCCAGAACUGGUUGUGCCUUGGUGAUGAAGGAGGGCUAGUUCAGGGGAGUAUGUUAAAUGUGCAUUCUCCCCCCCUCCCCCAAUAGGAAAUGCUGCUUCUUUAGGCUGAGCAAGAAGUAGGGAAUGGACGACGGAAGGGUGUGAACCGUCUCUACUUUUUCCGAAGAGGAGCAGUCCGCAUUCCAUCUUCCACAGCGAUCCAUGCAAUGGUCACCUCCAGAUUAGACUACUGUAACUCGCUCUGCGCUGCCCUUGAGGCUGACCCGGAGACUCUGGCUGGUUCAGAAUGCGGCGGCGCGGGUCCUUCCCGGGACCCCACGAACGGCACACAUCCAACCUGUGCUGCGUAAGCUGCACUAACUCCGGGUGGAGUACCAGAUCAGGUUCAAGGCUUCUGGUGUUAACCGUUAAAGCCCUAAACGGUCUGGGAUCCACGUACCUUCAGGACCGCCUUGUAGCCCCCGGAGAGCAUUGCGCUCAGCGGAUAAGAACUUACUGGUGGUCCCUGGCCUGAGAUACAUCCGGCUGUCCUCAACCAGGACCAGGGUGUUUUCUGCUCUGGCCCCAGCCUAGCGGAACUCUCUACAGAAUAACAUCCAUGUCCUGCGGGAUCUGACGCCAUUCUGCCGGGCCUGUAAGGCAGAGACGUUCCGCCAGGCAUUAGGUCAAGGCCAGUGAUGGUCUCCAUCUGCCUGGCCGCCCUUGUCUUCCCGCCUCCCUCCCUCCCGCGGGGGCAGUGGCAUAGUCGACAGUCCGAGCGGUGUCAUCUCAUUAGGUUGCUUGUUGUAUUUUACUGGGUUUUAUUGUUUUUUUAAUUGGUAACUGACUUAUGUCUAUUUUAUUGUUGUACACCACCCCGAGCCCGGUUUACAGGGGAGUGCGGUUUAAAAAAAUCUAAUUUAAUAAAUACAUAGAUCCGUCUGAGGCUGUUUGGCCAAGAGGGUAGGAAGCCCUGUACCCAGCUUCCUUCUGGUGUGUCACCUUUUGGAUGGUCGUCUAUGAAUGCAAUACCUUUUCAGCAAGACUUCUUGGGAGUCUGUGGCCUGCAGAGCAUCUCCUUACCAUCUAGAUGGAUAGGAGGAGGAGGAGAUUGGAUUUAUACCCUGCCCGUCACUACCCGAAGGAGU